CUUAAGUUUCUCCUACAACAAAGACGACCAGCAGCCAUGAUGGCGAUGGCUGGUGAUUUAUCGAGCUAUCGAGAUCUCAGUAUCGGGUCACGAGAUUAAGAAACGAAUAACUAUCGAUCAUUGAACUAAGCCGGUGUUUUCAUACCUGUCAUCACACGCUAUUUAUACAUCUGAAGAGACCCGAAUGUUUUUCGCAUAACCAUCGAACCGUCAAAAGCUAUUAGAUGUUAAGGGAAUACACGGAUCAUCUGCCACUGAAGCAAUUGUAAGUACAAUGAGUCGGACUUAACAGGGAUGAGAGAGAAUUGAAAACUCUUCCAAGAAAAGUUCCAACGGGUUAAAUUGCCUAGGUUUAACAACAAUGAUGAGCGCCAGAUAAUUGUAAUGCUAACAUAAUGGUAUACAGACAACUCCUAAUUUACCCCGCCCGAAUAUAGCAUAUCAGCGCUAAAGCUGUUACGAUAGUUUCUCUUUGGCAGUUCACACCGAAACACGUAGGUAAGGCAGUGUGAUUCCUCCUUAUGUUGAGUCCGUAAACCGCUAAUCGUCCAAUGUUUAGGUUACACAAUAAAUUGGCAGUGCUCAUCAGAAAAAUCCGAACAUACAGUAUUUAUUUACAGGAUUUUGAGAUCUGAUCAAUAGAUUACAAUUAAACUUUUAUUUUGAAUCCAAACAACGAUAGUUAAUCUUGGCAGCAAUUAGUGCAGCUCCUUUUCGGUCUCAAUUUCGUCGAACUCAUUCGGCGCAUAACAGUUCAAACUUCCACGGUAUAUUUUGCAUAUAAGUUAUAAAUAAAAGCGCCUUAGCUUAUUUUGACUCUUUCUGACGUUUCGUAAUCUAUUGCUAUCCGUCAUUUCGUGACCUUUGGUUGUGACCUUCAUAAAGUGCAAAAUUCCGAUGAUUAAUCGGUAAAAUUCCACGAAUGUUUAUGUCACCCGUCUGACGGCUUUUAAGUGAGAUCUAAGAAAUAAAGGGUCUUGUUACAAUACAGUAGUCAUUCGGCCGUCACCCGUUGCAACUAGGGAACGAUGUUGUACGUAGUCAGAAACGAGUGGACUUUUCUUACGAAACUUUCCAACGAAAACAGCGCUUUCUUAUCGCUUUAUAAACUAAUUAAACUCUCCCAGAUAAACAGUACAUUAGACCAUAUCUAAUAUAAUUAACCAUGAUAAGGUUUUACCCUUACAGCACAAUAUUGAUGACGACACUAAAGAUACCGACGACUUUAAAAGCAUUAGCCACUAUAAUAACGAAGGUGUGAUUAAAAAAAAGUAUUAUUUCGACAGCCGACUAAAAAAUUUCAUAGGGCACUAUAUUUUGAGCAAGGUGACAGUUAGGCGGGAAGGUGAAUUCCCAUCUCCCUCCCUCCCUCCCUCCCUCCACACUCUCUUUCCUAUCGUUUAUUGUCAACCGUCCUUGCAGAAAUUCAGUCAUUCCCUUCCCCUUUAUUCAAGGUUGCAACCAAAAGUUUCACAACAAAAAUCAUUCUAGAUUGUUGGCUGUGAUUUACGGCCAUGAUUCAUGAUUUACAUCUGCAAUAUUUACUCUUGCUUUAAAUGUUUCCGUAGAUAUAAUUUCAGCUCGACAAUUGAAUGUUCAAAAUGAAUCGAGACGUAGAGAGAAAAGAUCAAGCCACAGCGGAAGACGAUGACGAUGAUGACGAGGCCGAGAUCAUGGAGAUACGAGGCGUGGUGAUGAAGCCUGGGAUCGAGUGGAGUAUCGCCUGGGAACGUCACGUGGUCAGUGUCUAUACGGGAAUAGAGAUGUACCAAAACCUUAAGCUUCCCCAUGGCAACAAGAACCGCGAAAUUACCCGGAUGUUGGAAGAGAGCUUAACACAGAAUAAACGAGUGACUAUCGAUUAUAGAAUCGCCGAUAAGGAAAUACUUGAGGUGCGUUAUCGAUAAUGCACAAACUAAUCGUUGUCCAAUUAGAUUCGUUCUUUUAACAGCACUUUUAGCAAACUUAAUACAUAGUAUUCUUAGACAAGGAAGGGCAUUAUCAACUUCCUUGACUCUUAUUUUGAGAUCGAAUUUUGCGUCGAAUUUUUAGUGCUUUAAUAAUAUUUAGUAAAAUUUUUGUUUUAAGAAAAGUGACCAAAGAAAUAGAAAAUUAAGAGUUAUAUUUAGUAAAAAAUAGAAAGAAAUCCUAAAAAGGUCUUGGAAAUUCAAGGACUGCCAAAAUUUUAUCAAAUAUGUUAUCUAGCUGACCAAAUUUAUGUUGUUUAUUUGUUAUUAA